GACCUGGCGAGCUGACUGAGCCCAUGGCGAAUGCACUUCGAUUUCAGUGGCUCUAUGGCUACCCAGGUGUGCCUGAGGGCCAGGACCAGCUGACCCACGGCUUCUUCAAGUAUUUCGCAUCCAUGCAGGCGAUGGCGGCACGCCAGCUGCUGUGGCUAAAUCCUUCUGCCUCCACUGUGCUGGACCCAUUCUGUGGAUCUGGCACGGUCCUUAUCGAGGCAGCGCUUGCCGGGAAAGCUGCUACAGGCUCGGAUGCAUCGCCUUUGGCAGCCUUCGUGGCACGACACCACACUGACGUGGAGCGCAUCAGCUUGGAGGAGCUGCGAGCUCAGGCGAGGGCCCUGGCUCCGGAGAAAGAGCUGAGCUGGGAUGACUUGAGAGGCCGCCUCCGUGCUUUAAAAGAAGAUCCCGUGACGUCCGCCCUUUGGUUCUGCCUCCUCGUCGCCUUGCAGCGCCCAGGCGGCCAAGACGUGUUUGCUCUAUCGGGCUCCAAAGGCUUCGGGGCGUCUCAGAGCUGGGGAGAUCCGCCACCGAAGCUUUGCCGGCCCAUGUUCCUGGGCACCGUGGAGCUCUAUGCCGCUCAGCUCAGUGCACUUCGAUCCUCGAUGCCUUUCCCGGACUUGGUGAGAACCGGCUGUGGGGAUGCACGGACGCUGCAGCUCAGCCGACCUGUGGAAGCUGUGAUCACCAGCCCACCCUGUCCUGGCGCCUACAGCUAUGCCACUGCGGCUCGCCUGAGCCAGGGCUGGCUCGCGGGCGCUGCCGAGGUCUUCGGGCCCUCCGAGGAUGCAACGAGGAUGGAAAGCAUGGAGAUCGGCAGCCUUGCCUUAAUGGAGACGGCGCCCGAGGAGUUUGCGGCCAGCUGGCGCAAGCAGCAGGAAGAGUGGCUACAA